AUGAUGCAUCACCACCAACAAAAAAGCUCUUCAUCACCACCACUGGAAACCCUAGCUGCGCCUCCUGUCCAAACCAUAGCGCCGCCAUCAGAUGAGAACAAUCUCCAUGAAACCCUAGCCGCCAUGAACAUCCUAGAUCUGUGUCUGAGGGAGUAUCAGAUGAAGAAGAAGCAUAGUUCGCCAGUGAACUUGAAUCGGAUGCACGAGGGAUUUGAUUCAAAUGGCGCUAUGAAUAUCUCAAACUGGAUGAACGAAUGUGAUGGUGGCAGAGUGGGGACACGCUGA